CGUGCUUUAAAGAUGGCGGCAUGCGUGAGUGUUGGCUCUGGUGUUUUUAUUAGCCUCAAGUUUGAGAGUUGAAGAACUGUAUUUAGGUAGAAGUUAAAAGUAAAGUGACUGUAUAUCGCUUAGACUCGCGCGUUUCGUCGUUCAGGUGUCCGUGGAGAGAUAAAUGGGGAUGUGAUCUGUCAGUGCGUUUAAAGAGGUUGAGUUGGUGGCCAGUUUGACAUGCUAAAACUGACAGCUGUAAUCAGCAAGCUGUCCAUGUAAACGCAUGCUGUGUGACUUAGGAAGGACAUAGCACACGAAACCUGCGCCAGAAGGACUUGGAUGGUGUUCAGUAGUCUGCACUUCCUGGUCUAGUCUAGGCAGCAGACCCAAAUCCUAAAUGAUAGAUAAAGCUGCGAAACUCAUCUUAGAAUAAUCACCUGAAACUUUUUAAUCCCCCCCUUAUCGUUUUCCUAACACUGUUUUCCGGUAGUAGAAUGCUAUCCCGAGCUUUAAAGAAAUCACUCUCCUAUGGAAAUCCAUUAGUGGCGGUUUUCGCUGGGAGCUAUUGUAGUCGUCUGUGUUUUCAUCAGACAGCUGUGUGUAAAGUUGCUUCGCAAGCUGAAUCUGGCUUCAAACCUGCUAAAGUAGCCGUCGUGACAAAGACCACUCGCUAUGAAUUUGAGCAGCAGAGAUAUCGCUAUGCGGGUCUGUCAGAGGAGGAUCUUAAACAGCUGCUUGCCUUGAAAGGAUCGAGUUACAGUGGGCUUCUGGAGAGACACAGAAUACAUACCCUCAAUGUUGGACAAAUUGUGGACAAUCUACAGAAAGAAGGGAUUGAGGUGCGCGUUGUUAAAAGAGGAGAGUAUAAUGAGGACACCGUAAGAUGGGCAGAUGCCAUUAUCUCUGCUGGAGGUGAUGGCACCAUGCUGCUAGUUGCCAGUAAAGUGUUUGAUAAAAACAAGCCUGUAUUGGGGGUCAAUACAGACCCAGAAAGGUCAGAGGGUCACCUGUGUUUACCUGUACGCUAUACACAUGCCUUUUCUGAGGCCUUGCGGAAACUCAGGAAGGGUGAGUUCAGAUGGCAGUGGCGUCAACGUGUCCGAAUGUUCUUGGAGGGCACAGGUAUUAACCCCAGUCCAGUGGACCUGCACGAGCUGCAGCUGAGCCUGGAGCAGCACAGCAAGGCCCACCGCAUCACUACAGAGACCCAGCAGAGUAUGACACACGACAGCCUCACAAGGCCACAUCUACUCCCUGUCCGUGGUCUCAACGAGAUCUUCAUUGGAGAAUCCCUUUCCUCCAGGGUGAAGUAUAAAUCCUUCAAACCCCAUCUUACCCUCUCACUUCAUAGGGCGUCAUACUAUGAGAUCUCUAUCGAUGAUGGACCGUGGGAGAAGCAGAAGAGCUCAGGACUCAGCAUUUGCACUGGAACUGGAUCUAAAGCCUGGUCCUACAAUAUUAAUAAACUUGUGGAGCAGGCAGUGGAAGAUGUCCUUAGAAUAGGUAAAUCAAAAACUGGUUUGGAUAUUCCUCUAAAUCAAGAGUUCAUUAAGAGUGUGACAGAAGCAUACAACGAGUCUCUGAUCUUCGGCCCAGAGGAGGACAAAAUGUUCUUCAGUAUUAGAGAGCCCAUUGUCAACAGAGUAUUUUCCAGUAGCCAACAAAGAGGUUUUGCAAACAAGGUUUGUGUCCGCUCAAGGUGUUGGGAUGCCUGCAUGGUGGUGGAUGGUGGGACAUCCUUCGAGUUUAAUGAUGGUGCUAUUGCUACAAUCUGCUUAAAUGAGGAGGACCUGUUGCGAACUGUCAUCCUUGAUUAAAUCCUUUUGUUACUGUUGCUUAUUUAUUGAGACGGACAAUGCUAAAAUAAUUGGACAGUUGGUUAUUUAAUCUCUGACAUUUUUAAUGGGACAAUGGGGUUUGCAGAUGAAAUGUACUUUUUUGUACCAGUUGUACUAGUAUAUCAGGAUUUCAAACUUCAAGUCUGUCCUUACAUGAACCUCUUGGUUGCAACCAUCAAAAAUAAAUGUUAAAAUACUUUUUUUUUUUUCCCCCUAAAUGCACCAAUACCAGAUUUAGUGCCAUGUGUUGUUACACAAUGUCAGCUGUUUGGUGUAUUCUAGAACUCUUUACAGUCCCUAUACACUGAAAAUCAAGCAUUACAGAAACAUUUACAGAUAAAAUAGCUUUAAUAUUUUGAGUUUGUUUACAAAUUCAGAUUUAUGCUUUAUGAAGCACAUGUAUUCAAGAUUAUUUAAGCUUUUGCAUUUUUGGCACCGAUGUACCAAAUAUGUACAAAAGUAUAUAUUAAAAUUGAAGUCAACGCUUUCUUAAACUGCAACCUAUUUGAUAUUUUAGCAUGUUUCUAAAGUCCACACUAGAGCAAAUGUUUGGAUGUGAGAAUCCAGUCCGAACAGGUCAAGCUUUCCUUUUUCAGGAGCUGACUUAAAGGGUUAGUUCACCCAAAAAUGAAAAUUCUCUCAUUUACUCACCCUCAUGCCAUCCCAGAUGUGUAACAUGUUCUGCAGAAGAAAGAAUUAAGAUUUUUAGAAGAAUAUUUAAGCUCUUUAUGUACAAUGUAAGUGAAUGGUGACCAGACCUUUUAAGCUCCAAAAAGCAAUAUGAUAGGUGUGAGAGAGAAUCAGAUCGAUAUACAAGUCCUUUUUUUUUUUUACCAUAAAUCUCCACUUUUAAAAUGUCAAGGAAUGUGAACGUGGAGUUUUAUAGUAAAAAGGGGACUUAAAUAUUUGUUUCUUACCCACACCUAUCAUAUCACUUCUGAAGACAUAGAUUAAUCCACUGGAGUCUUACGAAUUACAUUUAUGCAGCCUUUAUCUGCUUUUUGAACCGUCAAAGUUCUGGCCACCAUUCACUUGCAUUGUAUGGCGCUACAGAGCUGAAAUAUUCUUCUAAAAAUCUUUGUGUUCAGCAAAAAAUGUCACACACAUCUGGGAUGACACGAGGGUCAGUAAAUGAAGAGAAUAUUAAUUUUUAGGUGAACCCUUUAAGACAAGCAAAUCAUUUUGUUUUUGCUUUAAAAUGUAAAUAUACUUGGU